GCCUGCGUACCCAGACGUGGCAACGGCAUUAUGGCUUCUCGGAACCGUUUCGGGAGUCGGAUGAGAGGGGUGAAGAUGUUGAUGUUGGUAGUUCUGGUAUGGCUGCUGCCACUACUGGAGGCUGUGAAGGUAUCUCCUCUCAUAGAGAGGGUCAGCGACCAUAAAGACUUCAAGAAACUGCUCAGAACGAGGACCAAUGUUCUAGUGCUUUACACAAAAACAGCUACAUCAGGGGAGGCUCACUUGAAGGUGCUGUCAGAUGUGGCCCAGACAUUGAAAGGCCAAGGGACCAUUGCCUGGGUCAACUGUGGAGAUGCAGAGGGCAGAAAGCUCUGCAAGAAAGUGAAGGUUGACCCAGGCUCCAAAAGUGGGGGAGCUGAGCUUCUGCAUUAUAAAGAUGGAACCUUCCAUACAGAGUACAACAGACCUGCUUCCUUCAAGUCCAUGGUAGCAUUUUUAAAAGACCCAUCUGGACCCCCUCUGUGGGAGGAGAAUCCUGAGGCAAAAGACAUUGUCCACAUAGAGACAGAAAAAGACUUUAGGAAGCUGCUGAAGAAAGAGGACAGGCCCAUUCUUAUGAUGUUCUAUGCUCCCUGGUGCGGCGUAUGUAAGAGAAUGCAACCCAUUUUCCAGCAAGCAGCCACAGAAACAAAAGGAAAAUUUAUACUGGCAGGAAUGAAUGUACACCCUGCCGAGUUUGAUGGUCUGAAGCAGGAGUACAACGUGAAAGGCUACCCAACCUUCUGCUACUUUGAAAAAGGAAAGUUCCUUUUUCACUAUGAAAACUACGGCGCCACAGCCAAGGAUAUCACUGACUGGAUGAAGAACCCUCAGCCCCCCCAGCCAAAGACUCCUGAAGUGCCAUGGACAGAGACAGACUCACCCGUCUUUCACCUUACUGAUGAGUCCUUCGACAGCUUCAUGGAGGACCAUCCAUCAGUUUUGGUCAUGUUCUAUGCCCCAUGGUGUGGCCACUGUAAGAAGAUGAAGCCAGAAUAUGAUGAUGCAGCAGAAGUACUCAAUAAAGGCACAGACAGCCCAGGUGUUCUGGCAGCAGUGGAUGCUACAGUGCACAAAAGUGUGGGGGAUCGCUUCAAAAUAUCCGGUUUUCCAACUGUUAAAUAUUUUGAGAAAGGUGAGGAGAAGUACACCCUGCCACAGCUCCGAAGCAAAGAUAAGAUCAUCGAAUUUAUGCACAAUCCUCAGGCACCUCCUCCGCCAGAGCAAUCUUGGGAGGAAAAGCCCUCCAGUGUCAGCCAUCUGGGGUCAGAAGACUUCAAAGAGGCACUAAAGAAGAAAAAACAUGCCCUGGUCAUGUUCUAUGCUCCUUGGUGUCCACACUGUAAAAAUGCUGUUCCCCACUUCACCACAGCAGCAGAACUGUUCAGAGAAGACCGUAAGAUUGUGUAUGCAGCUGUGGACUGUACAAAAGGACAGAACAAUGAGCUUUGCAAGCAGGAGGGGGUGGAGGGCUACCCGACAUUCAACUACUACAACUACGGCAAAUUUGUGGAAAAAUACAAUGGAGAUCGUGGAGAAUCGGGCUUUUCAGGUUUCAUGCGCAGCCUUCGAGGACGUGACCAGGAAAGGGUUGUCAAGAAGAAGGAGGAGCUCUGAGGGAGUUGGCGUGACAGAGCUCGUCAUUGCACUGUGACCUUUGACCCUGGCAGGGCCAUAUCAGCACUGAUGUGGGAGACUUGAUGACCUCAGUGAACAGCUAUUUUUAUACCAUGGUGGUCACGUUUGUGAUAGUAAACAGAGUAACUACAGUAAAACCGACAGGUGACUUCUUUAUUGUGGGUUGUCUGAUAGGCAAAGAGUGCACACAUGCACACACACCAGUCACCAAAACACUGUGACUGCUACGUGAAAAGCUACACCUUAUGUCUAUGCAAAUCUGACCUCUGCUCAGCCCUGUGGAGGUCUUUGUGACUGAUUCCUGUCUGUGGUGGUGUGAGGUGGUGGGCUGAAGUACUUUUAGAGAUGAAGUAUGAACUCUUACUGAGUCCACAAGCGAACUAAAAGUCUCAUCAGCUCUGCCUCUACAAAUGCUGAUAAUCACCAAAACACACUUAGCAUCAGCUGCAGUGUUUUUGUACAGAACCUUCAUGCCUGGACUCCUAAAGACUGAUCGUGCAGCAGAGGUGUGGAAUAUCACUCAAAUGUCACAUGAGUUAGAAUUGUAUCACCUCUCAAAUACUGACUGCAUUAUGUCCAUGUUGAUAAGUAGCAUUUCUUCUUAUGGACAGUCAAAUUCUUUACAAAGAUGAUAUUUAAAGUACAAUCAAAGUACAAAGUCAAUGCAGCAAAAGCCUAAGUAUGUAUGUAACAACUAAGCAGGACAAGUCAGGAAAUGAAUACAAGAACAUUUCCUAGUUACUGAGUAUGUCUUAGACUUUGUUUAAAGGUGCCUGACAAGAUUUUCGAUAAUAUGUAGUGUUGAGGUUUCAGAUGGCAGCCAACACCUGCUAAAUUUUGUAUAAAGACUGUUUUUCCCCAACUCAAACCCCCAAACAGCUGUAGGAAUAAAAGGAAAUCCCUUAUGAAGCAAAUUCAUAAAACCUCUACUGUUAUAGCAGAAACCAACAGUUUUGUGGGGCAAAAGGGUAGUGAAAAUUUAAAAACAAAACAAAAAAAAAGCUAAAUUAAUCCAGAAUCUCAUUUCUAAAUCACAGCAUUUGUGCUUAGGGAUAUUAGUUCGUGAGCCAGUUUUACCUAUUUGGUACCACUUAAGGACACUAAACAAUACUUACAAUCCAGCCUUAGUAUACCACGGCCUACAUAAAAAUGUAUAGUGGCCAUCACAGACUGGCAGCUGUAGCCAGUUAGGGGGUCAAUGAAGGAUUACACAAGGGUCAAAUUAUAAAAAUGCUCCCAUCGUAAUAAAAAGUGUUUUAUUGUUAUGCAUUAUUUCCAAAAAGGUGGUGUCUGAAAUAUGACGGAAUGUUAUGGGGUAAAGAUAAAUGGUUGAGUCCAUGUGCUUUUUAUUGAGCUCUGGGACUUAGUGGUUGACCUAAUGGGAUUAAUAAAUGGAAUAGUUCUGACUGUGUCGAAUGCUUGGUCUCCAAAGUAAAGGUCAACUCAAGUCAACAUCCAUUGGAUUAUGUGACAUCUGUUACCCUGUGACAUGAUAACUAAGUAUAACAGGUGGUUCAAACUAUUGCUUUUUAAAAUUGGAUUACUUCAACUAUUUCAUUUGCAUCACUUUUUACCAAAAUACGAGUAACUUUAACUUUGGCCCCUGUACAAACUGAAGUUGACCUUUGUCAACAUUUUUACUGUAUUUCCCCAUAACUCCAUAACAUUCAGUCAGAUAGUCCAAACUAUACCUUUUUGUAAUCUUUAUGGUCAGACAAAUAAUGUGGUAUACUUUUCAUUAUGACUGGGGCAUUUAAAUGUUCACCCCUGUUUAAUCAUUCAUUGACCUCUGCAUGGCUACAGCUACCACCCUGGGAUGGCAGCCAUACCUUUUUGUGUAAGCUAUGGUAAACUAAGUUUUUUUCUCCUUAAGUGGUAUUGAGUACCUGUUUGGUCCAUGGACUGUAUCUGAUAAACAAAACAAGCACUCAUCAGUCAUCUUUAAAUAUAGUCUAAGACAUCUUCAAUUACUUUGACUGUUCAUGUAUUCAGUCCCUGUUUUGACUCAGAUCUGUAAAAGUGAUGAUUUACAUGUUAUAUAUGUACUUUAAAAAAACCUUUGUUGUAUUCAAUUUCUACUUUCAACUUUGUAUUUCAGUGUAAUGUUUGUUUGUUGUGGAUUGAUUGUUAGAGGAAACACCACAUGUCGACUUCAAUAUAAUAUAAUGCAUUGACUGAGAGGUCAUACAGUUUUCUAUCAUUUGACAUUUGCAUGAUGUUGCACAGGAGUGUGCACACUUCUGUUGUAGACUGUAUCUUAGAGAUUGUUAUAUAAAACUACAAGGGUACUUCAAUGAAUUCUCAACUUUGCCCAGAAAACACAGGAGAAAGAUUCUUACAUUAUUUUUUUUGACAUCAUGUCCCUUGACUUCGCUAUACUUUGUCCACUGAUGAUCGAGCUUUGCCAUCCCUUCACAGAAGAAGGUCGAGGCUCCAGAUACUUUUGUUUCCUGGUCAGGCCGAGAACAUUUUGAAGUACCCUCAUAUAAUUAACACUAUCUGAGAAAGCCCAAAGCUGCAGUUUUGGAAAUGUCUUUCUUGAUGAAAACAAGUAAAAUAUACAAUAUUUACAUUGUUUGCUUUAAACUGUGACCUUAAAAUGUGUGAAGUUGUUGGAGUUUCUUAAAAAAAUGUCUGUAAAGUGGAGUUGUAAAACCGGUUCUUCAAAGUGCAGAGAGGAUGCAGGUUUUCAUCAUGACCAUGCGCUGCACCAGCUGAGGAGCUGAGCAGUGAACUCACCUGCUGCAUGUUCAGAAGGAAUCCUCCUGUUCUCAAACUAGUUUUACAGCACUGCUGUCAAGUUGACCAAGGCCGAAGGUCUAAUACCCUGAAGACCUGCACCACAGCAAAUCAAAGAAGAAAGCAAAAGAACACAUGAGAGCAUGAAAUGCCAAAAAUGAGUGUGUUGUUCUUGUGAGAUUGUUGUGUUUCAGUACCACGUUCUGCAGAAUCGUGCGUACGGCUGCUCCACAUUCAGUGUGGUGGAUGUGGUUGAAGGUGGUGGAUGUGCUGAGGCAUUCUGUAGUCAUGCUUUUUGUGAUGAUCACAUCAAGGCCAAAAAUUUGUUUACUGUGAAGAUUCGGCUUAUCAGCAUUUGGCGUUGCAUCAUUAGAGUCAUUCAUCUUUCCAGUAUUCUGAUGUGCGACUCAUUCAAGUUUUGUGAACAAAAUGCAUCCCAGCAUGUAGCAGUGCACUCUGACCGCAACUGCAUUUGGCCUCUACAGAGCUGCUGCAGUAUUGAAAAGUGCACUUAAAAUUCAGUGUUUUGUUUUUGCAGACUGGAAUGAUGCGAGAGCGUUCAAAGCCUCAUGUCACUGCAGAUUCAUACUGAAUGCCACAAAACACUGGAAAUAAAAGAUGACGCUUCUGAUCGGUUGAUUCAAAGUUCUGACACAUUCGAGCAGCUUUACUGAUUUUUAUUGUUUAAAAUUGUGUCCAGUCACAUUUCACAGGCAGAAAAUAUUUCAAACAAAUAAAAAUAUCAGACUGGACUCAUGGCCUGAAGAUUAAAGAGCUUUUGAUUUGCCUGAAAAAAUAUUUGUAGGGCAUAAUUCAAACUCUUGGUGUAAACUUUGGAGGUUCUGGGUUUUGGUUCCUACCUAUAGAGUAUUGAUGCUCCAACUCUUUCUGCUGCUGAAUCACAAGCCACGAGGACUAAAAGGCACAUCUCCUCAUCAGUGUCUGUGUCCCCCCGGCGUCUCCGCCUCCCCUGCUCUGUGUCUAGCAAACCUGCAGUGAUUCCACCUGGGCUGCACGUUCUCCUCCUCCCGUUGUCUUUUCACAGCAUCAUACAAUCAUCACGACUCGGGCAGCCAUCAACUUUUUAGUGUUUUAGCUCUGUGUGUUUUCAGCUCCCAAACUUACACUGCUAUCAAUGCUCAUAUAUCAUGUAGCCAAAUGUUUUUUUUUAUUAUUCAGUUUGUUUUCAUGAUGAAUAACAUUCUCAGGGAUCGCGAAACACAAUUAAAGGGAACUUGUUUGUAAUUUGCUUUCCACCAUGGUAAAUUUGAGUCCACCGGUCACCGCUGUCAGCGAUGUUUACAUUUGUACCCACAAGGUAAAUUAAAUAGACUUGUUCUUUUGCUUUGCUGUGUUAUAUCAGCAGAUGAUAUUGACCCACUUCUUUGAAACGUCUGGAUUCUUCACGGAUGUAUUCUGUGUGAAACUGUCCCAGAUGUUCUGGCUGGCACCAAACACUGUUUUCUGUUUUAGUGUUACUGAAACAUUCCAUGGUUUGCAGAAGCAGUUUGAAGUGUUUGUUGUUGACAUGUAAUUAAGUGUUCAUUCUCUGGACCUUUGUUUAUUUAUUUUCUUCAGGGGCCACAGCAGUGAUGUCACAUUGUUGAGUGAUGUAAGACCACCUGUCUUAUCCAGAAGUGUCCAUGUUGUGUGUCACAGUGUUACACUUAUGCCAAGAAGUCAUUGUUGCCGGUAUAUUGUUUGUUUUCUUCUGUUUCAGCCAUAUGUAAAGUUUUUUUCCCCGUUAUAGUAUCCUGGGCGAUGAAAAGAAUAAAGUCACAGACUUCCAAAAUAAAUUUCCACUUGAAGUUU